AUGACCCUACCUCCAAUCACUAGCCCCCGCAAACCCAGCACAUUGCAGAUCCAUGCCGUACACGUGCCCACCACAUUACCCGAUCACGAGGCCUACCGGUCACACCUGCACCUGCUCCGCCACGACCCGGAAGCCGUACAAGAGAUUCAACGAUACCGCUUGAUCGACGAUUCGAAGCGUGAGCGUUGCCCUCAGUCUUUCACGACCGGAAGCAGCGCACUUUUGUUCUCACUAGCAUUGUAACGUCAGGCGCUCUCGUCUCUCGACUCCUCCCUCGAUACGUCCUCGCCUUACAGGGACUAGACUGGCGUCAAGUCCGCUUCGAAAAGGGCGAAUACGCAAGACCUCUCGCCGUGAGUCGGUUCAUAGCCUCCGAGCCAUCGACGAAGUGCAGCCCGAGCUCAUCGCGGUUGACGUACAUAUCACAGAUCCAUCCCAAUCUACCUAAAGGCUUCCAGUACUCUGCUUCCCAUGAUGCAGAGUGGGUCAUCUGCGCUUCGACUUUUGGGACCGAUCACGGCCAAGAUUUGCCUCGAGUCCAAAAUAUAGGCGUCGAUGUGAUGCGUCUCAUGAUCCCUUGGGAGAAUGUCGAUCAGAAAGGGAUGUUGGACAUCAUGAAGGAUCAUGUGUGUUACCUAUCCAAGAAUCUGACGUUCUUGUGGACCCUUCUCUGACACCACUGAGAAUCACCUUACCAGCUCUCCUUUACCGAACUCGCACACAUCCAAUCUGAUCCAAACCCCGACCUCGAAAAACUCUUCUCGUAUUGGGUCCUCAAAGAAGCCUACAUAAAGGCACGCUCAUUAGGUCUUCGUGGAUUCCCCGAGUUGAAGAGGAUCGAGUUCCAUCUCGAUGCAAAAGCGCCGGAUGGAUGUUGGGGGUGGAAGACGGUCAAGGGAUCCCUGGAUAGAGUGCAAUUGGAUGGGUGGUGUUUCGGUUUGAAGACGUUCGAUGGAGGUAGGUAUUUACUUGGGAUGGCUUUGGAAUUGGAUGGGGGUGGAGAAGUGGAGGAGCCGAGUUGGGAGGUGGUCGUUUUGGAUCGGGCCACGAUAUUGGACACGCUGCAGUGCGGAUGA